CGUGUAUAUAUAAAGUACCUCCUGUAUAUUACCACACUCCACAUUCGAGCCAAGAUCGAGUUAUUAAUUAGUUGCUACAAAAAAACACAGAAUUAAUUAUUGGCAACAUCUGCUCCUCAAUUAGCUCAUAUAUAAUUACAUAGUCUCAGUAUUAACACCAAGCUAGAGUUCCCAUUAGCUAGCUAGCUGAUCUUUCUCUGGAUUGAUACAUACUAGCUGUUCAGCAACUCUUUGGUUUGAUUCUUCAUGGCGCCUAAUGGAGACGCAGCGGUCGUCGCGGCCGCACAGGCAGCGGCGCCGGCGCCUAAGAAGCAGGCGGCUCGGCGACAGUCGUCGAAGCCGAGGCGGAUCUCGAUGGAGGGGCUGCAGCGCGCCAUGUCCGACCUAGCCCUGGAGCUGUCCAGGGACAGCAGCAAGAAGCAGGCCGCCGACGCCGCCGCCAAGCAGCAGCAGCAGGUGCCGCAGCUGCCGGCGAUCGCGGAGCAACAGCAUCAGCAGCAGGGGGAGGAGGAGCUGGCGCGGUGCGAGUGCUGCGGCAUGCAGGAGGAGUGCACGCCGGAGUACGUGCGCCGCGUCCGGGACCGCUACUGCGGGCGCUGGGUGUGCGGGCUGUGCGCGGCGGCCGUCAACGCCGAGGCCGAGAGGGCCGCCGGCGGCGGCGGCAGCCGCACGGUUGAGGACGCGCUGGCGGCGCACAUGGCCGUGUGCGGGCGGUUCAACCGCGUGGGGCGCGCCAACCCCGUGCUCAUGCAGACGGAGGCCAUGCGGGAGAUCCUCCGGAAGCGGUGCAGGUCCAACAGCCCCCGGGACCAUGGCGGCCCCGCCGGCGCGCUCGCCAGGAGCUCCAGCUGCAUCCCCGCCAUCACCAAGGACUUGAACUGAUAUCGAUGAGCAUUAUUUUGGUUCAUUUAAUUUGGUAGGGGGGUGCUGCAUGCAUCAAAAAAGGCGGCUUCAAUCAGCUUCAUUAUUACUCCUACGUACUUCAUUUUCUAGCUUGAUCAUCGGCAUGGGUAGCCAUGCAUGGAUGAUGGGCAUGUAUCUUCUGAUGAUGUACGUAUGUUGUUGUGUACUGUCAA